AUGGGUGUUUGCUGUACGCACUCUUAUGAAAAAUUUGAUAAUCCUAUUCCACCUGAACUUAUUAAAGAGGAUAUUAAAUAUGAUUAAUUUGCUCUUUAAAUUUAAAAGCAUUACAAAGGAUAUAAAGCUAGAAAAUUAUAUCAUAAAAUGAAGAUUAAAACAGAAGAUUCACCUGUAGUUCAUUAUCCAAAACCAGAGAUUGCUUAAAAACUUAAUUAAACUCCAACUGAUUAUGCUUUAACUGUUUAAAAAGCCUUGUAUAAAUUAGGACCAUUUCGUUAUAAUGAUUAUAUUAAUUCUGAAGAUCCUCAUAAAAGAUCUAAGAAUUUCUAAAUUACAGAAGAAGAUAAAAAACUACCAUUUUUAGAACCACAUAGAUUAAUUGAUGGUGCAAUAUACAUUGGUUAAUGGAAAAAUGGAAUGAAAUGGGGAAAAGGUAAACAAAUUUGGCCUGAUGGUUCAGUUUAUGAAGGAUUUUGGUAAAAUAAUAAAGCAUGUGGAAUAGGAAGAUUGAUUCAUUAAAAUGGAGAUGUUUAUAUAGGAGAUUGGUUAGAUGAUAAAUGUCAUGGUUUUGGUGUAUAUACACAUAAUGAUGGUACAAUAUAUAAGGGCAAUUGGAUUGAAGAUAAAUAAGAAGGAGAUGGCAUUGAAGAAUAUCCAGAUGGAACAGUAUAUAAAGGUUAAUUUCUAAAUUCUAUGAAGCAUGGAGAGGGAGAAUGUUUUUAUUCUAAUAAAAAUUAGUAUAUUAUACUUCUAAUUUUUAGUUACAAAGGGGAAUUCCAAUAUAAUUUUAUACAUGGCUAAGGAAAAUUUGUAUGGAGUGAUGGUAAAGAAUAUGAAGGGACUUGGGAAAAUAAUUAAAUGCAUGGAUAUGGAGAAUUUAAAUGGCCAGAUGGUAGGUCCUAUAGAGGCAAUUAUAAACAUGACUUAAAGGAUGGAGAAGGAGAAUUUAUUAUUGAUGAAAAUACUAGAUAUAAAGGAAGUUGGAAAAAUGGAAAACAACAUGGAGAUGGAAUACUUGUUGUGAAAGAUAUUCCAAGACCAGGAGUUUGGUGUGAAGGAAUUAGAAUAUAAUGGAAGGAUAAAUUCUGA